UCAAUCAACUCUCUCUCCCUACGACGAUCUAAUCGCAUAUAAUCUGACAAUAAAGCCACAGUUUUCCUUCUUUAUUUUCCUGUUUUAUAAUCAUAAACGACAAUAAAAAAAAAAAGAAAAAAAAACAAUUGCCCGUAACAGUUUCGAAACAGAAGAAGCAACGGUAAAGAAGACGGAAAUGGAGAGAAAAGAUUCGUCCUCCGACGAAGACGACGAUCGGGAGAACCUGAUCGAGCAGAACGAGAGGAAGCUUCAAAACCACCCUCGAUCCACCUUCCACAUUGACGACGUCGAUGGAGGAAACCGUGAGUUCCGGUCCCGGAUACGGCGUCGUUUAAGCUCCCUCGGCUUGCUGAACAAGAAGUUCAUGUUCGCCAUUUUCUUGCCUCUCUUCAUCGUCGUCCUCUUCCUCUCCACCGACGUUCGCGGCCUCUUCUCGGCCGAUCUCUCCGGCGUGCGAUUCGAUUCCUUCUCCGACCGCUUGCGCGAGUCGGAGCUACGCGCGCUUUUCUUGCUCAGGCAACAGCAGUUAGGUCUUUUCGCUCUUUGGAACCAGACCUUCCAUGAUUCGCCCCCUAUUUCUUCUAAUUCGACCAACAAUUCUUCUUCUUCUUCUUCCAUUAACUCCUCCGCAUCGGGAACGGAGCAGAAUUCAGUCAUUGAUGAUCUCAAAUUCGCGGUUCUUCGGCAGCUUUCAUUGAACAAAGAGAUUCAGCAGGUCCUCUUGUCGCCUCACCGAUCGGGGAAUUCCAGCUCUAUAACCGACGCCGGCGAUCCGAAUCUCGGGGGUUCUGAUUUCGAUACAUGUAGAAAGGUGGACCAGAAAUUCUCCCAAAGAAGAACAAUUGAGUGGAAGCCGAAUUCGAACAAGUUUCUCUUCGCGAUUUGCUUGUCGGGCCAAAUGUCAAACCGUUUGAUUUGCUUGGAGAAGCACAUGUUCUUUGCGGCUCUGCUGAACAGGGUUUUGGUCAUUCCAAGUUCCAAAGUGGAUUACCAAUACAAUAGGGUUUUGGACAUUGAUCACAUCAACAAGUGCUUGGGAAGAAAGGUCGUCAUUUCGUUUGAGGACUUUGCAGAGACGAAGAAGAACCAUAUGCACAUCAAUAGAUUUAUAUGCUAUUUUUCGCAGCCUCAGCCUUGUUAUGUGGAUGAUGAACACAUCAAGAAGCUAAAAGGAUUGGGGUUGACGAUGGGCAAACUUGAAUCUGCCUGGACGGAGGAUAUAAAAGGGCCUAACAAGAGAACAGUCCAAGAUGUUCAGUCAAAGUUUUCUACCAAUGAUGAUGUGAUUGCAAUUGGGGAUGUUUUCUAUGCCGAUGUGGAACAAGAGUGGGUUAUGCAGCCAGGAGGUCCUUUGGCUCACAAAUGCCAGACUCUCAUCGAACCCAGUCGGCUUAUAAUGCUUACUGCCCAGCGUUUUAUUCAGACAUUCCUGGGAAAGAACUUCGUAGCACUUCAUUUCCGAAGGCAUGGGUUUUUGAAGUUUUGCAAUGCUAAACAACCAAGUUGCUUUUUUCCCAUUCCUCAAGCUGCGGAUUGCAUCACUAGUGUGGUUGAAAGGGCAAAUGCGCCGGUUAUAUAUCUUUCAACAGAUGCUGCUGAAAGUGAAACUGGUUUGCUGCAAUCACUAAUUGUGCUGAAUGGGAAACCUGUACCGCUAGUUAAACGGCCUGCACGUAAUUCAGCAGAAAAAUGGGAUGCUCUGUUGUACAGGCAUGGUCUUGAGGGAGACUCCCAGGUGGAAGCUAUGCUGGAUAAGACAAUCUGUGCCAUGUCUAGUGUAUUCAUCGGAGCCCCUGGAUCCACUUUCACGGAGGAUAUCUUGCGGCUCCGCAAGGAUUGGGGAUCAGCAUCAUCGUGUGAUAAGUAUCUCUGCCAAGGUGAAGAACCAAACUUUGUAGCGGACAAUGAAUGAAAGAUAAAUAGAAACAGAAACAGAAAAAUUGUAGGAAAAGCUGUUUGAAUGUUUCGUUCUAUUGCUUAACCUGCCUUUUUGCAACCUUGAUCAGUGUCUGCCCUGAAAGUUGUUGGUGGUGUACAUUCAAUGUAUUAUAUCAGCCUCAGCCAUUUGUGUACGAUUCUUUCAUGCU